AAAUGGUAAUCAAUGAUUAAAAUUGAAUUAUCACUGCUAAUUCGUAUUUUCUUUUUUAAAAGUUGAAUGUUUUGUCUCCAUAUAAACUUCUUCAACUUCAACCCUAAAGUAUUUACUGUCACCACGCCACUGUGUCUAUUUCCUCCAGUUCCUGUAGGAAUGGUAAAAUUCAGAAGCCGAACCACUUGUCUUUAGAGAUCUGACUGAGCAAUCAGCUGAACGAGAACAAAUUGUAGCCAAAGCAAGAUAGAAAUUUCGCUGUUUUGCGCUAAACAAUUGAUUACGUCAAGUGCGACUAGUGUAGUUCGAAAAUAAUGGCAAAAAUUGGAAUGGAGUAUGUACCAUGCGAAGGACGCCUUUUUAUUGGCGUUGACCAAUGUGAGCCAAUCCAAGGACAAGAAGGUGGUUAUAGAAGAAAAGGAAAAACCCGUUGUUUGAUAAGAAACAAAACACCACCGCCUCCAAGGCAAAGGAAUCAAGCAAAUGCAAGGGAGAGAGAUAGAACACUGAGAUUUACCACUGAGAAUGUGACAGUGUUUUCGAAAAACUCAAAAAGGAAUGACGGUGUGAAUACAGCAUUUUCUAUAUUGAGAACACUGAUACCAACAGAACCGAAAGAUAGGAAAUUAAGCAAAAUUGAGACCCUGAGACUUGCUUCCAGUUAUAUCUCGCAUCUAGGAACGCAACUGAUAACAGGUUCUGCAGAUCAGCCAUGUCUUCAGAUGUUCAAAUCAAGUGGAGAAGAACACAACUUCAACAGGUCCCAAGUAUGUACGUUCUGUAUGGCAGGAAAAAAAAUUCCAAAAUUAUGUUACUCGGAGGACUCGUAUUCAACUUCAUGUGGUGAACACCAGUUCUAUUUCGAUCAAAGUUCAAAUGCAAUUCUGCUGGCAGAAAAUACGUCAAGCUAUAAUCAAACGUAUUUGAUAUAACAAAAAAAAAUGAUACUACGUGAUUAAAUGAAAACUGCAGCAUUGUUUUUUAUUGGUUACUCUCUUUAAGAGCAGAAAAUAAUUCCUUUUGAAACUAGAAAAAUGUAGUUGGUGAUUUGUAUAUAUGAAUGUAAAUAUAAAGCAAAUAAAAUCUUGAACUAAA